ACACAUAAACAUUAGGGUUAUCUUUUUACAAUAAACCAAAUCGUUCUCCGAACUCUAAACUUCUCUGAAAACCAAAAUUCGAAGCUCUGCGAUAAUGGAGGCGACCGGUACCGCCAUAUCCAGGCGCGAAAAUGUCGAGAUUUUCAAUCUCUUCGUGAGGCUCUUAGAUGGCAAAACCCUAGCUCUGAAAUUGACGUCCCCUUCUGUACACGGCCAUGCCCUCAAGCACCGUCUCUUUCAGAGCACUGGAAUUCCCCCAAAUCACCAGCGUCUUGUCACCGGUAUCCGCCAGAUCGAGGAAGAUUCGGUUGUAUCGUGUUCUGGUGGAAGAUUUCCCACUGUCCAUCUUCUUCUCCGGCUUCUGGGAGGUAAGGGAGGGUUCGGAUCGUUGCUGCGUGGGGCGGCAACGAAAGCGGGGCAGAAGAAGACGAAUAAUUUCGAUGCGUGUAGGGAUAUGAGUGGGAGAAGGUUGAGACAUGUGAAUGCUGAGAAGCGAUUGGAGGAGUGGAAGGCGGAGGAGGAGGAGAGGAGGUUGGAGAAGGUGGCUGAGGAGUUUCUGAAGAAGAAAGCGAAGGUUGGGAAGAAGGGGGUUGGGGAUUCUGCGGCUCAAAAGUAUGUUGAAAAGUAUCGGGAGGAAUCUGCUCGUUGUGUGGCUGAGGUGGAGGAAUCCGUGAGAGAUGCGGUGAUGAAGGGAAAAAGGAAGGCUGGUUUGAUGGCCAAUGGUGCAGAUGCCAAAAAGUUAAAAAUCUGGAUGGGCAAGAGGAAAAUGGCUGAAAGUGACAGCGAUGAUUCGGACGAGGAUGACACAGAAAAUGAAGAGGGAAGUGAGAAAUCAGUCAUCUUGAACGUUGGUCAGUCUGAUUUAAAGGACACUGAAGGGAGUUCAGACUCUGUUAACUUUGGUAAAAGUGGGAAUGGUUCUGGUGGAUCCUCAUGUGAAAGUGGCUCCGAGGAAGAAAAAGAUGUUGCAGUGCGGGAAACCAUGGAAUUAGUUGGAAGCUCUAGUGAAAAAGCUCUUCAAUCUGAAGAGGUUGAUAUGGUUGAAAUGAAUGACCAGACUACUCAGAGUGCAGUUGUACCUUGUUCCGAAGGUGUUGCCGGUUCUGCCCAUCAAGAAGACGAGGUUGUAAAACAGGAUGCUCGUGAGGUUGAAAUUGCCAACUCUGAAAACGUAUCUGCUAAUCAUCAAGAUAUCUCAGAUCCAAAUAAUGGUGAAAUUAUUGAAGAUUUGUCCACACGUCCUGAACCAAAUGGCCCUCCAGUGUCUAAGUUGUGUGACCAUGAGGACACAACUGCAACUGCAAGCAGUUCAGAAGCACCUCUGAAUUUUGAUGAUUUUAGCUCUGCUGCUGAAAUGGAGGUUCUUGGUUUGGAAAGGCUAAAGUCCGAACUGCAAGUGCGUGGCUUGAAGUGUGGAGGUACUUUGCAAGAGAGAGCAGCCAGGCUUUUCUUGCUCAAAUCUACCCCUUUGGACAAGCUUCCAAAGAAGCUUCUUGCCAGAAAGUGAACGUAAUUUUGUACCAUUUGUAGCCACUUGACUUCUCUCCAUAAACGUGUAAUGAUAUUAGGAUGAUCUUAUUGUACUUUCUUUUCAAUCUUUUUACCAAUAGUGAAGUAGUCAUUAGUUGUGUGUGCGUGUAUCCUUGCACUUUUGAUAGUUAUAAUAGAAUAAAAUGACCUACUUUUUUUUUUUUUUCCUGUUUUUGUAUUGGAGUUAUCAAUGAGAAAUUGUAAAUAUUUGUAAAAA